CAAUUCAAAUCCAAUUAAACAGCAAAACACCUGUAACCUGAGACAAAGAAGCAAUUUAGCUUUUUGUGUAAACGAUUAAUAAUUAAUAAUUACCGAUCUUUAAAUUUUAAAAAGCACUUCUAACUAACUGUAAGAUAUCGAAUGAUAUAAAGAUAGCCUAACAAAAUACGUGAGUAGAGAAUAGAGCAAAUGAAUGAACGUAAACAUGGCUUCUCCCCCAAACGUAUCAGUCCAGACAGUUAGGACAAUACUCAGCGAGGUCAUAGAUUCCUUAGAGUCGCCCGAUUAUGCGUCUAAGUUGGACGAGGCUAAGGAGGCUGCCGGCAAUGAGAUGUUGAAAAUGAUGCAGCUCGUCUUUCCCAUGGUAGUUCAGAUUGAAAUGGAAACAAUUAAACGUCAUGGAUUUAGCAGUUCCCGAGAAGGUAUAGUGCAAUUCACACAGCUCGUGAGGGAAAUGGAGACUAUGGACAACGAGGUAGCUCGUCUUCACAGUCAAAUACGAAGCCACUAUUUACCCCCUGUCUCUAUCAGCUCCACUGUCGAUACUUCCCUGUAAUCUCGUGAUAAAGGGGCUCUGGUAAUCAAAACCUGCACCUUCACAUUAUCGUACUGCUUGCUUAACAGUUAACACCUGCUAAUUGGAUAUAUAAUUAUGUUUAAUAAAAACAACAAAUGUGUU